GCCCGGAGCCUUCCUCCCACUCAUUUCCAGCCCACUCCUCUCCUUAUUUGAGACGCUCCUCUCCUCCAGCCUUCAGAGCGGUAACGCAGCUCUCUCCAGCGAGAGCUCAACUGAGACAUCAGAGCUGCAGCUCGGAAUCUUUUUGUUGGGAUAUAUGUUCACCAAAAUGAGCCUUAUCCUUGUGGUAGCCAUUGCGGCUCUCUUGGCAGAAAAUCUAGCACUUCCACUGGAAAAAGGCGUGCAGAGAGAAGAUGUGGUAAGCCGGUGUUUGGUUGAAGUCCUGUCUAAAGCACUCUCCAAACCGGACACUCAGUCACUGGAUCAGGAAUGCAAAGACAUUCUCCAAGCAGGGCUAAACCAUUCCCCACUGGAUAAGAAGACCCGCGAAGGGACUUUAACUCAUGAAGAGGUGGUCAAAGCCGAGCAGCCUGAAGCCAAAGGAGCCGACAUGAAAGACAUUGAAGCUCUGCUCAAAUCUGUGGAAGAAAAGCGAGAAAACUCAGAGGACGAGCGCAGUCAGGAAUCCUGGAGUGUUGGCGAUGAGAAGGACAAGAGGCAGGAGAGCGAAGAGCAAGUAGAGCGUGAAAAGAGGAACUGGAGGCCAGGGCGAUUUCACCAAAAGAAUCAUAAAAGAGGUGCAGACGAUGAAGAUGGUGAGCGCAGUCAGGAAAGCUGGGGGGUAGAGGAAAAAAGAGCAGACCAAGACGAUGAAGAGAGAGAGAAAAGAUAUUGGAGGCCAGGAAGGUACCAUCAGAAGCUGCACAAACGCGAUGAAGAGCUCUCAGAAGAACCCAGAGAAGAGCCUGAGGAAGAACGAAGCCAGGAAUCCUGGGGUCUGGAAAACGACAGAGAAAAGAGGUACUGGAGGCCUGGGAGGCACCACCAGAGGAGACACAAACGUGACGAAGAGCUUUCAGAAGAACCCAAGGAAGAGUCUGUCGAAGACCGCAGCCAGGAAUCCUGGGGACUGGAGAAUGAAAGGGAAAAGAGGGAAUGGAGGCCUGGGAGGUACCACCAGAGGAGACACAAACGUGACGAAGAGCUCUCAGAGGAGGAGCGCAGUCAGGAGUACUGGGACUUUGACAAGAGAGACGCAAACGAAGAGGAAAUCGAAAAGCACAUAUGGAAACCAACGCAUCGGUACCACCACAAAAAGAAUUAUCACAAGCGUGGCGGAGACUCCUCUGAAGAAGAUGCACAACAGAGGAGUGACUCAGAAGAAUCUGAAGAAGAUGGAAGAGAAAGGGAUGAAGCGCUGAGGUACCUUGCAGAAAAACGCAACCCUUGGAUCUUCAGAGGGUACUACCAUCCAGCCUGGUACAAAGGGACACGGACGAACACGAAGCAAGCUCAACCAAAGAGAAAGAACUGGAAAACCUCGCGGCAAUGGAUGCGGAGUUGCAAAAAAUUGCAGAAAAGUUGCAUGAGAACAGUGAAUAAGCCUGAAACCAUGUUUCUGAAAUCUCUGCUUUUCUGCUGCAGCCAAUUUUGUGUGCUUACAGUAUUAAAAAUAAAAUGCACUAAAAAAUAAAAAUGAAGAAAAAAAUAAUAAUCCAAAAACUCUGGAGCCUUGCCAAAAGCAUUGUAUCUGUGACACUUUGAUGUUUUCCAAUUAAUCAGCAUGGGAAUGGUUUUGAUGUUGAUAUGACACGACCUAACAGAGAUAUAUCUCAAAAUAAAAAU